GUUGUAGGUUCGAAAUUCUACAUAUGACAUAAUUAUGUUCGCCAACAAAAACAAAUUUUCAACAAAUAUUUUGAGGAAAAUGUAUUUUACUCAGAUUGAACUCCGUCUGUUCGGCGCCAGCAGGGGUUUAAAUAAAAAAUCGGCAGCUGGCAGCAGGAAGUUGCUGCCAUUGACAGCCGGAAGGCAGUUACUGGCAGUCGGAGGGUAGGAGGGGCCUGCCACUCGGUAGCAGCCAAUCCAUAUCGACCAACGUGGACGCAACCAAUCACAUAUAACUACGACAGCAGCCAAAUGCCUCAGUAGUGGCGUCGAUUGAUAGAGCGGUAAGUUCGGAAAUUAGUGAUCGGAGUAAUGAAUAAUUCUUGCGUUGUAAGUUUGAUUUUAAUUGUUAUCUUCGUGAACUACAAUGUGACUUUGCCUAUUUUAGUUUAACUAUUCAAUUUAAUCUAAUUAAUGGUAGAAACGUAGUUUGUAUACCAUGUUACAUCAUGUAUUGUUGCUCUUAGUAUGUUAGGGGGCUACCUUUAACUUCAAAUAUUACGUUUACCAUUAAAUAUUAACGUUUGUUAACGUAUUAACAAGAGUCUAUUGAAUAAUAUAAAACGAAUGCUGUUUGACUGGAAUUAUAGAAGAUCCACGUGCAACACUAUCCAUAUUUUUUGUGUGUUUAAUUUUUCAGGUGAUUGUAAUAUAUCCAUCAACUUAUUGAUUCUUUUUUCGUUUUACUAUAACGAUUGACCAAACAGUUCUUUUAAGAACUACUCUCCUAUCGCUGCCUUCUCCUUUCUUUCUCUUAUGUCUUCACCUUUUGUGUACCUGACUAUCAGUUAUGACAGGUGUACCACUUUCUUUUGGAAUGGAUGAGGUCUAUUCUGGGACAGGCAGUUGUCCCUACUGUACAUCUGGGGUGUUGUCAAAUCCUGAACACUUUCAGGCAAAACAUUUAAAGUAUGCCAUAUAUUUUGAGGAUAAUGGCAUCCAAAAAUAUUGCAUUCCUUGCUUUUGUUUGAGUUCCCGACAAAGUAAGAGGUGCCAUUGGCAUUGCCCUAAGUGUCAGCACAUCUUGUGUCGUGCCCCUGACUUUAAAAAGCACCUUCAUAAUCAUGAUUUUGCAGUUACAGACAAAGUUACCAACAGGUCAGAUAAAGGGCCAUCUGAAAACCCUAAGGCAAGGCAGCAUGUCAGGCAGGAGCAACCACCAGUCAUUUGUAUUGAUGAGAGAAAUGGGAUUUUUGUCACCCCAAAAGAUGCCCAUGGACCUAGAGUCCCUAUUCACGUAAAAAAGCAAAUGGUCUCAGGGUCUAUUGCCUGUGAAUCUCCUCUGUGUCGUGAUUUUAUGAGGAUUGGAGUAGAAAGUGGCAAUCCAGGCAUGGAGUGUGAACACCUUCAGAGGACAAAUAGAGCUGUGUGCUAUUCUGCACCACCAGCACUUAGGGAGGACUCUUUGCAGUCAAUGGUAGACAGUGGCCUGAUGUCCAGAACCCGUCAAGAUGAAUGUUUGCAGCUCAGAAUCAAAAGUAUUACUAGUGGUGUUGAUUGUGUGUUUCCUAUUUUUUGGCAUGAGCAAACCUCUGUCAGGUUUAUUUAUUUUUCUGUCUUUACUGGGGUAAGAGACAACUGGUGUCAGUUUGAAAGGACAAGGGUUUCUUUUGAUAGCCAUGUGGGCCAGUGGCACUGCCAGUGCCGCAAUAAAAUGAGAAGCUGUGUGCACAGGUACUUGAGCAUGUGGUGGCUGUUUCAAGAGAAACCCCACCUCCUUUCUUGUCAGACUGACCCAAAUGCUGGAGACAAUGAUGUGGAUGAAAGGGUCAGAGAUGUUGCAGAGACAGAAGUGGCAGCACUGGCUUCUGCUGAAAUACAGGAUUGGACAGAUUAUUUGUGGAGGAAAAAGAGGGUGCCAGAAGACCUUCCAGAGGAUUUGUCAACAAAAGAGCGCCAAAUCCCAGACUUGUUUGAACCCCUGGAGUCCAACUGUCCUUAUUGCCCUGGCCCAACUCCACCAGCUCUGAGAGAGAGAGUGUGCUAAUUACACGGCAUGGGACGGUGUAUGGCGUAUCCUCAGUGACUCGAGGUGUGCCAGUGUAUGUGAAGAACUGCCUUGUUUGUAGACGUCCAGUGAGGUUUCAGGAGUAUCAGUCUGGAUUUCACAAUUAUGAAAACAGGACUUUUUUGACCAUUCCUCUCAGUUCUCUUCUGACAUCUGGACUCGCAAAUCAUAUUGCCCUUGGACGUUUUUUGAAAACAAUGGAAGAUCAUGCCAACAUCACUGUUCCACACAAUCUGAUUCGAAAGGCGUUUUAUCAUUUCUCUGCUCUGAGGGAGUACUCUUAUAGCUAUUCAUGUGUCCGAUGUGGUCACAGCCCUCCCAUUUUGAUUGCAGAUGGAAACUGGAAAAUUGCUUUCGAUUUACCAGCACAUCUGUUUAGGCGGCCCAACUUGGACAAUAUCAGCCAAGAAGACACUGAAGUUAAUGUGAGGACAAGAUGGGAGACAAUUGAGCAGAAAAUGAUUGCUUCUGGGUUCUGUGAUGGAAACUCACUUGCCAAUCCUUAUGCAUGUCCCUUGACAUACACUGCCUUUACUCCAUGGCUGGGUAAUUGCUCUAGGAUAAGUGAUAUUGUUCCAAAGACUGAAGUGUUCAAGGGUCUGUCUCAGAAAGAUCGUGCAUUCACCUCAAGCUGUGGCUUGGAGAUGGAUGAAGAUACAAUUUUACAAGUGCUGGAGUCCAAAACCCCAAAGAGAGAAGAUUUGGUGAAAGCCUGCAAUGCCCUUGGAGUAUCACAUGUAGGUAGUACCACUGACUUAAUAAACAGACUUGAGGAGCUACUGCUUUACAAGGAUUUGUACCCCAAGAUGUUCAUCAAGCUUCAGAAAGCUGGUGGUGGUGUUUUGCACAUGACUUGCACACACUCUGUUGUGUACUACCAAUCAGCACUGUGGUGGCAAGAGUCAGCCCGUGACCAUGGAGAUGCUCUGUUGAGCUUUAAACACCCUCCCACAGUGUUUGUGUCAGAUAUUGCUGGACGUGUUGCAAGACACGUUAAUAAUCGCACCA